AUUAAUGUCCAUGAUAAAACAUUAAAAAUACAUGUCGUGGAUAAUAUGGACUGGAAUUCCAUAGUUAAGCUCGACUAUGGAACGCGCGAUGCUAACUGUAAACAAACAAACGCCCACCAACUCUUACUGCAAAAUUACUUGACUCUGAAAAAUGGCUGGUGACUUAGUAGAUGGGGCCACAGUUCUCUCCCGUGCUUUACUUGAUCAGGGAGUAGAAUAUGUAUUCGGAAUCGUGGGUUAUCCGGUCAUUGAAGUCGGUGUGGCAAUGCAGGUUGCAGGGCUCAAGUUCAUAGCCAUGAGGAAUGAACAAGCUGCCACUUAUGCUGCUCAAGCUAUAGGAUAUCUCACAGGAAGACCUGGUGUUGUAUUGGUAGUAUCUGGGCCUGGUAUGCUACACACUAUAGGAGGACUGGCUAAUGCAACCAUCAAUGCUUGGCCUGUCAUCGUGAUUGGGGGCUCAAGCGACGAAGACCAAGAAGGGACAGGUGCUUUCCAGGAAUGGCCUCAGGUUGAAAGUGCUAGGUUGUACACUAAGUUUUCUGCCAGACCACCAUCAAUAGAGCACAUUCCAUUCUUUGUGGAAAAGGCUGUCCGGAUCAGCACCCACGGAAGGCCAGGUGCAUGUUACCUGGACAUUAACGGUGACAUGGUGAAUGGAACAGUAGAGGAGAGCAGUGUCAGGUUCUUCCCCGAAGUUGGACCUCCACCCAAGACAUAUGCUGAGCCAUCGCAAGUCACAGAGACUCUAGAAGCUCUCUCACAAGCAAAGAAUCCAUUGGUGAUUGUAGGAAAAGGAGCAGCAUAUGCCCGUGCUGAGAAGGAGGUGCGUGCUUUCUUGGAUCAAACCGGUCUUCCGUUCCUCCCGACACCCAUGGGGAAAGGUGUCAUGCCUGAUGAUCAUAACCAAUGUGUGAUUGCAGCUCGAUCAAGAGCUCUGUUACAAGCCGAUGUGAUCCUUCUGUUAGGAGCUCGUCUGAACUGGAUGCUUCAUUUCGGAAGACCACCUAGGUUUGGGGAAGAAACAAAGUUUAUCCAAAUUGAUAUUUGUCAUGAGGAGCUGGGUAACAACAUUAACAGCGACAAUGUGAUUGGACUAGCUGGGGACUUACAAGCUGUUACUCAACAGCUUAUAGAUGCUGGAAAGACUUCCAGUGCGAGGGGUGGAUGGUCCUACCCCUCCAACACCCCUUGGUGGCAGAGUCUGAGGUCAAAGGUCAAAGAUAAUGAGGAGAAGAGUAAGAUCCUAGCCAGCGACAUGUCUGUUCCUAUGAACUACUAUGCAGCAAUCUCUAAGGUCCAAGCAAUGAUUCCCAAGGACAGUCUGAUAGUGAGCGAGGGAGCUAACACCAUGGACAUUGGAAGGACGAUCCUUCUCAAUCAUUCUCCAAGACACAGACUUGACGCAGGCACUUUUGGAACCAUGGGCGUUGGAAUGGGAUUCAACAUCGCCGCAGCCUUGCUCGCCAGGGAUCGAUGGCCAAACAAGCGUGUCGUGUGUCUGGAGGGAGACAGCGCCUUUGGCUUCUCAGGGAUGGAGGUGGAGACUAUCUGCAGAUACAAUCUUCCAGUGCUCAUUGUUGUGAUCAACAAUAAUGGGAUUGGCUUCGGGACAGAGAAGGAAACAUGGGAAGCCACCCCACCUGAAGAGCGCCCCCACAGCCUCAUGCCGACUGCCCUCAUGCCUGACGCUCGCUACGACCAGGUGAUGACAGCCUUUGGGGGCGUCGGCUUCCACGUGACCACGCCCGCCGAGCUGGAGGAUGCGCUUCGUCUCAGUCUUACCAAGCACGCCAACCAACCAGUACUCAUCAAUGUGAUGGUUAGUCCACAGGCUCAGCGUAAGCAGCAGGACUUUGAUUGGUUGACCAGAAAAAGUAAGCUGUAGUAAGCUCUAGCUUUACUUCCAAGGUCACAAGUGGAUAGGACCAACACGUACUCCAAAAAUUGCCUUAUCGUAAAGUCAUCAUUAAUUCAUCGUUAGUGGCGGAUCCAGGGGGAGGCAUGAGAUCCCCCUUCCCCCUCCCUGUCAAAAAAAAGGGGGAGGAAAGAGGAAGAGGGCUAAGGCCAAAGGACUUCUCUUUUUUUUUAGGGGGGUAGAGGAAAUUUAUCUGCUCCUAUCAGAGAAUCUUGGAUCUGCCACUGAUUAUACAGUAUUUUGCAAAUGAAAUAUUUGAAGAAAAACUUGUCUCAUAAUUUGUGCAAUAAUUUUCAGAGGUACAUGUACCUAUACUUGUAAUAGUAAAUGAUUCAUAAAAAUAAAAUCAUUUGAAUUUGUAUUUCUGUGCUGUACAACAGGAAAAUACUGGAUGCAAGUAACUUAUUAAGUUUUGUGAAUGCCCCUUUGUCAAGAUAGUAUCAUGUCGCAAAAUUAAUAAACUACUACCUCAUUAAAAUUUUGCGUUCAUAAAACGUAUUCAUAUGUCAAAUUAUUUUCAUCUGUGAAUAAUGUUCAUCUUGUAUAUCCAUGUGGUACAUGAACUUUAUGGAAAAUUAUCAGAUUAUUAUUACAGCAUCUGUUGACCAUUUACAGCAAUAUGCCGUGUUGUCACUGGCAUUUGAUUUCAUUUGGUAUGAUGCAAUGGAUCCCAUAAGAUAUUGCUUUGCUUGUGUAAGAAGAUUAUUAUGUUCAAUCGUGGAAAAUAAUUCUAUAGUUUAUAAUAUCCAAGUAGAACAGGGUAUAUCAUAGCAAUUAUCUUUAGAAUAUUCCUGAAGAGGUUCAUCUGAUAGGUGAUGCAACUUGAU